CGAAGGAGUGAACGGUAGUGGCGGAGGAGUGCGGUCGUUUGCGAGUGGCUCGUACGCAAAAUACGGACUAAGCGACCCACCAAGGAGGAGGACUCCACUUUUUUUUGGAUGUUUGUGCGUGCUUUUGUCACUUGCGUUUUUUGAGCUGAGGCGACCCUCUGGAUAAAGGAUUAUUGUGUUUUUUUUUGCAUUAAGUGAUUCAUGUUUUAGGUGCUCCAGCAUCUUUCUGCCGCUGCAGUGUAUUUUUUCUUCCUUUGCCCCUUCGACUUCAUUUUUGGCAAGGGUAGACUGCUCUCAGUUGUGGAUUACUUUGGGUGUGCAGUGAUCGAGGAGGAGGAGGAGGGGGAAGAAGAAGAAGAAGAGGAGGAGGAGAAGAAGGAGAAGGAGGCCCCGUAAUGUAUGUGUGGAUUUCGGGAUCAUCAUGGUAACAUUGGUUUGGAUCUGCAGCGGCUGAUUUGGACUGAAUUGGUUUUCUUCCUCAUUUUUUUUUACCUUUUUAAUUUAUGUUGGGUGGUCUUAAGAAUUCUCUUGGAAACUGGACCGACCUGGAACUGCAUAUGAAGUGGUUGAGAUUACAGUGUAAUUGCCUUGUGAAGAGACCUGGAAGUGAAGUCAUUAUCUUUGCUACAUGAGACUGCUAUCAUGCAUAAAAGAAGGGAAGUGAAGGAGUUCUUUUAGAAGAAAAUCUGCAUAAUCUGUGCAGUCCUGCAACAAACAGCAGAGAUCGUGGGUGGACAGUAAUGACCGCACGCUUCCGAUUGCCUGCUGGCAGAACCUACAAUGUACGAGCAUCAGAGCUGGCACGAGACAGACAGCACACUGAGGUGGUCUGUAACAUUCUUCUCCUGGACAACACUGUUCAAGCAUUUAAAGUUAAUAAGCAUGAUCAGGGACAGAUCCUGUUGGAUUUAGUGUUUAAACAUCUUGAGCUGACUGAGAGAGACUACUUUGGACUGCAGCUAGCAGAUGAUUCCAGUGACAACCCAAGGUGGCUGGAUCCGAACAAACCCAUUAGAAAACAGUUAAAAAGGGGAUCGCCACAUAAUUUCAACUUUCGAGUGAAGUUUUUUGUAAGCGACCCAAAUAAGCUACAAGAGGAGUACACAAGGUAUCAGUAUUUUUUGCAACUCAAGCAAGACAUUCUUACUGGAAGGUUACCUUGUCCAUAUAAUACUGCAGCAUUGCUUGCCUCCUUUGCUGUUCAGUCUGAACUGGGAGACUAUAACCAUUCAGAGCACUUUCCUGGCUACCUCGCUGAUUAUUGCUUCAUCCCAAACCCACCUACAGACUUUGAAAAAGAAAUUUCCAAACAGCAUCAGCAACAUAACGGCUUGUCUCCAGCAGAAGCAGAGUUUAAUUACAUUAAUACUGGACGGACGUUAGAGCUCUAUGGAGUUGAAUUGCACUAUGCACGGGAUCAAAGUAACAAUGAGAUUAUGAUUGGAGUAAUGUCCGGUGGAAUUUUAAUUUAUAAGAACAGGGUACGAAUCAACUACUUCCCAUGGUUGAAGAUUGUAAAAAUAUCUUUCAAAUGUAAACAGUUUUUUAUUCAGCUGCGAAGAGAAUUGCAUGAAACGAGAGAAACCAUAUUGGGAUUCAACAUGGUAAAUUAUCGAGCCUGUAAGAAUUUAUGGAAAGCCUGUGUAGAGCAUCACACUUUCUUCCGUUUGGACAGACCGUUGCCCCCACAAAAGAACUUUUUUGCACAUUAUUUCACAUUGGGAUCCAAGUUCCGCUACUGUGGGAGGACAGAAGCUCAGUCUGUGCAAUAUGGCAAAGAGAAGGGAAUUAAGGACCGAGUAUUUGCCAGGUCCCCCAGUAAACCACUGGCCCGUAAAAUGAUCAGUGGGAUGGACUGGGAAACAGUGAGUCGGAAUUCCAUAUCUGAUGACAGACUGGAGACGCAGAGCCUUCCAACUCGCUCACCUCCUGGAACUCCGAAUCAUAGGAGUGGAAUGUUUGCACAAGAAGGAACUCGCUUACGACCGUCUUCCGUGGGCCAUUUGGUUGACCAUGUGAUCCAUACGUCACCUAGUGAAGUCUUUGCCAACCACAAAUCUCCUUCCUCCACACAGGCAAACAGCAUCAGCUUGGACUCUUCCCCGUCACAGGACACAGCAGUUGAUGGCCAGCCUCCAGCACUGCCACCUAAACAGUCGAAAAAGAACAGUUAUAACCAGAUCAACGAGUCUCAGUCCCAACUAGAACUGGACAACCACAUUAACGAACUGUACGACGUUCCGGUUACAUCUGAAAAGUCCAUGUUAAAUGGUGUCAUUCCACAUGACAAUCUAGUGCUCAUCAAAAUGAAGCCAGAUGAGAACGGAAGAUUUGGUUUCAACGUGAAGGGUGGUUCAGAUCAGAAAAUGCCAGUAAUUGUUUCUCGUGUGGCACCUGGAACAUCAGCUGACCUCUGUGUACCUCGUCUGAAUGAAGGAGAUCAGGUCGUGCUGAUAAACGGCAGAGAUAUUUCAGAACAUACUCACGACCAGGUUGUCAUGUUCAUCAAAGCAAGCUGUGAAAGCCAUUCUGGGGAGCUCCUCUUGCUUGUUCGGCCUAACGCUAUCUAUGAUGUAGUAGAGGAGAAAAUGGAGAAUGAACCAGAUUUUGAGUAUAUUCCUGAAAAAUGCUCGGUGGAAGGAAUUCAUCUGGAUGACGACGCUUUACGAGAAUCCAUGUUGCAGCUAAAAGAAGGGCUGAAUACUGGAACCAUCCUAGCUCAGUUUGAUCAACUUUACAGGAAGAAGCCAGGAAUGACGCUAUCAUGUGCCAAAUUACCUCAGAACAUUUCCAAAAACAGAUACCGAGACAUUUCACCUUAUGAUGCAACACGGGUUAUACUGAAAGGUGAAGAUGACUACAUCAAUGCAAACUUCAUUAAUAUGGAGAUCCCUUCUUCCAGCACAAUUAAUCGGUACAUCGCCUGUCAAGGUCCCUUACCCAACACAUGUCAAGAUUUCUGGCAGAUGACGUGGGAGCAGGGCUCAUCUAUGGUGGUAAUGUUGACCACUCAAGUUGAACGAGGCCGGGUGAAGUGCCAUCAAUACUGGCCAAACUUAUCAGGAAGUGUAUCCUAUGGAAAUUAUCAGAUAACUUGUCUAUCUGAAGAUGGGAAUUCAGCCUUCCAAUUAAGGGAAAUGACACUUGAGAGCCUAGAGCAAAAUGAAAGUCGCCAGCUAACGCAGAUACAGUACGUGGCCUGGCCUGAUCACGGUGUUCCUGACGACUCGAGUUAUUUUCUCGACUUUGUGAGCUUGGUUCGCAAAAAGAGAGCUGAGAGAGAUGAACCGGUUAUUGUUCAUUGCAGUGCUGGAAUUGGUCGAACUGGAGUCCUCAUCACCAUGGAAACAGCAAUGUGUUUGAUUGAAUGUAAUCAGCCGGUGUAUCCGUUGGAUAUCGUGAGAAAAAUGAGGGAUCAAAGAGCAAUGAUGAUCCAGACACCAAGUCAAUACAAGUUUGUUUGUGAAGCUAUCCUGAAAGUCUACGAAGAAGGACUGGUUCAGCCUUUAAAGACGACACUGUACAAGUAACCCCAAGGACAAACUCCUUUACUGUAUAUAAAAGUCUGUAUAUUAUCAAGAUACUUGUUUGCUUCAUAGCUGAAGUGAUUUACUUGUGGCGUUCAGAAGCCAUCAUUGAUUCAUACAAGGCUCUGCGGAAAAGCGUCUUGAGAGAGAGGAGACGAUCUGUAGAGUGGAGCUGGGACUUAAAAAGACAAAUUAGCACUCUUGCACUUUAUGUUUAAAAAAAGAAAAAAAAAACAAAAAAAAAGGAUUAUAAAAGGUAAUUGUGUUUGGAAAAAAAAAAAAGAUUUAAAUAUUGUUCUGCUUCUUUUUAAAAUAACAGGUACUUUAGGGAUUUGUGGGUUCUGGGUAUAGACAUAUUUUGCUGUAGUGCCAUAAAUUAGAAGCUAACGUUCUCCAGUAUUCCUCAUUCAGGUGUAAUUUGCCCA